CCAAGACCUCUCUGGGCACUGGGAUUGACCCAUCUCAGCCCUAGAGAAUCAGAAGUGACUGCAUACCCAAGAAGGCUUCCCGGCGCUACCAGUCUGGGAUUCUCAGUUAAAGUCAGCAGCUCUGGACUGGAUGGAAGGCCCAGCAUGUCCUGCAUACUCAUUUCCCUACUCGGCCUCGGGCUAGGCCUCGUCCAGUUGACAGAGGUGCAGAGUGAAUCUCUUCCCAAGCCAUCCCUCUCAGCCCUGCCAGGGCCUGUGGUGGCAUCAGGGGGGGAGCUGACCCUGUCGUGCAGGAGGCCGCCAGAGCCAUUUGACUGGUUGCUGACAUUCAGUCUACUGAAGUCAGAGACCCAGGAGCCCUUACAGAAGGACCUAGUCUAUUCUCAAGCUAACUUCUCCCUAAAGUCUCUGGGGGUCCAGGACUCUGGGAACUAUAGCUGCAUUUACUACGAGCAGUCAAGACCACAUGUCAAGUCUGAGCCCAGUGAUGCCCUGGAGAUCUGGGUGACAGACACCCUUCCCAAGCCGUCUCUCUCAGCCUGGCCCAGCCCCAUGGUGGCCCCAGGGGGGAACGUGACCCUCCUGUGCCGGGGGCCACGUCGGGGUGUGAGGUUUGCUCUGUACAAGGAUGGAGAGGAGGCACCCGUGGGCACCAGUGAGUGGACUCAAGACGGAGCUGAAUUCCCUUUGACCCAUGUGAGCAUCAAUCAGAGUGGAAGGUAUAGGUGCUGCUAUCUGCUUGUGACAGACAGCCCUAUCUUGGCCCUGCCCAGUGACUCGCUGGAACUUGUAAUACAAGAGGAGCGGAAUGAAGGCCUUCUCAGAAGAGGCAUUCUCACCACUGCCCUCAGCUGUGCCUCCAUCCUCUUCCUCCUCCUCUUCUUGACUUUUGUUGGUCAUUGCCACACCCAGACUGUGGUUUCAGGUGGAGAGACCUCCAGAAGAUUCCCAAGGUGCCCCUAUUGUUCUUGGUUUCUCUGCUUUUCUUCUAAAUCUGGAGCUCCCCAAGAAGAGACCGAAUAUGCCCAAGUGGCCAAGUGCAGACACUCAAGAGCACCUCUCCCUGAGGCUGAAGACCCUGACGGACUGACCUAUAUCCAGCUGAAUCCAAGAGCCCUGAAUGAACAGCAGACAGCCCCUGGGAAGACGUGCCCUGAUCCAACAACAUAUGCCACUCUUGCCCUGCAUUGAUGGACAACAACUUCUCUUUGUGCCUCUUCUUUCCUAUCCAAACAAACUGGCCAGCCUGCAAUGUUCUUCAAGCCCGAGUCCUUCUCCCAUCUCCAUGCCCUUCCAAAAGGAUAUCUCCACUGCUUCCUCACCCUUGGAAUGGAUUCCCACCUCAUUUGUGUCUCUUAGAGUCCUUCAAGGCUCAGCCCAAGGAAAUCCUCUCACACAAGACCUCUCCAGAUUCCCCAGGACUGUGUCCUCUCUUGCCAGUGUGUUUUUUAGUCACCAUUUAUGUAAACACUGAACUUAACAAACACCAAUAAAAUGAACACUUCCAUAUACAAAGCAGAAA